AUGCCACCCAAACUGUUAUUAUUCGUCCAUUUAUGCUUCCUGACAGCAACCGCCCACGCCAGAGGCUUCCACGGAAUUCCAGGUAAUCUUUAUCUCCUUUUUCUUCCCUUCUUCUUCUUCUUCUUCUUUUUUGGCUUCUUGUGUCCGAGGACCUCCCAGAGUAAAGGGGUCACGUCCCCAGAGGAACCCAGGCGGUUUUGAUGGAUGCGCCUGAUUUAGAUGGUUCGCGAGCAGAAGUUGUUCUGUUUAUCUCUAUGUUUUUGCGCGAAGAGCACUCAAAACUAAACAGAAAGCGAAAAAGUAUAGUUGAUUACUUCCGCAGAUAUGAGCGUAUUCCUGAGUUUCUAGAUUUUGAGAUUUGAAAAUGCAUACAACUGCAAUUUAAAUUCCCAAGUUCUCAAGGAGAGAAGGAUUCGGGAGCAUUCCAGAGACUUUACUUUGUUGAGGACUAAGUUAAUGAGAACUUGUUUCAAGUCAAUUUUCAUGAAAACAUACAAUAUUAGCUGAUAAUAUACUGUAAUAGAAGGCCGCCCCUAUACCGUUCAUUCAAAACGACGUAUCCUCGUAGCCUGUAGCGAUAUCGAAGAGUUGUCAACUGAUAAAAUGUGUACAAUGUUUCAAUGAGCAAUGUACUAGUUGACAACUUUUUGAUAUCUCUACCAGAAGCUGAGAUAUGUCGUCUUGAAUAAAGGGAACUGUGCCUUAUAGUCAAUUUCUGUCGAAUUCGGAACGCCAGAAUCAUUGUGCAAUUGUAUCACCAGAAUUUGUUUCAGAAUCACUUUUCCCAUUAAAAAAAACGUCUUCCACCUCUCCCUCGCUGUCCGUUUUUCGUGUCCAUUCUUGCCUCGAUCACCGAUAUUUCUCCUUGAAUUCCUUCAAAUCAAAACCACCAAAUAGACGGAUAGACAAUAGACGAAACCAGAAAACUUUUGCGAGAUGUAAACGACUAAAGUACGGGACAGAGAGUAGCAGUCAAGCAGCAGAGAGAAUAAAUAACCUUGAUGGAGGGCGGCACGGUGAUAACUUGAUAUACUAUUGAUUGAUUCGUUUUGAAAUUUGACCUCCGUGGUGGUUUUGUUAAGGCGGAGAAUGGCACCUAAAUGUUGUCUAUUCAAGACGAUGUAUCUCAGCUACCGCUAGAAAUAUCAAAAAGUUGUCAACUGAUAAAAUGUGCACAAUCUCGUUUUGAACAAUUUAUCAAUUGACAACUUUUUGUUAUUUCUCUUGAUUGCUGAGAUAUGUUGUGCUGAAUGAAUGGUAUUUGGGUGCUCCACUAAGCUGAACUACAAAAUGGCGAUUCAGGAGACUACUGCUCGGUGCGAACUCCGACGUGCUGCGAGAGCCGCGACGAUGACUGCACGGCGCCGAUCCUCGGAGACCACCUCUGCUACUGCGACAUGUUCUGCGAUCGGGGACCAGACGGCGGUAGGGCACUUGUACUUCCACAUCCCAUUAAUAUCCGAAUGAUUGGCCACGCUGCUGCUUCUUGCAGGAAACGACUGUUGUCCCGAUUUUGAGGCCACUUGCCGCGGAAAAGACAUCCAAAACGAUCAGAGGGCCGACGGAGAGAGUGAGCGGUUCUGGAAAGAUCUGUGAAGGAAAGAGCUAGUUUCAGGUUGCUCGGUCGACGGGGAUACGCGCGAGAGGAACUGCGAAAAGUGGUCAGUUUAUUCCGGUAGUUUUGAGUUGAAAUGGAGUGACCCUGUGAUUUCAGCACUUGCGUCAACGGAUUCUGGAAGUGCGACGGGACGACGUGUCUGAUUCAGCCAGAUCUUCUGGAAAAGGUGCACAUGGGAAGAUACUCGUAAGUUCGCUAGAGCGCGUUUGCCUUCCGAUCUUUUCUAAUCACCAAUAAUCGUUUCGAAAUCCGAAAUCCGAAAACCAGAAUGCAAAAUGUUAUCUGUUCCAAUAUCAGUGACUGACACACUUCCUGACGCGUAUCUUCUUCUUCUUCUUCUUCUUCUCAAUUACAUAAUAUCCUUCUCGCGUCCGUCUCCUAAUUAUCACCCCAAUCAUUAUCACUUUCUCUCUCUCUCUCUCUAUCAUUUCAGAUGGACAGCCCGCAACUAUUCGGCGUUUUGGGGUCGUAGUUUGAGUGACGGAAUCAAGUAUCGAUUGGGCACUCUGUUUCCGGAGCGGAGUGUUCAGAACAUGAACGAGAUCCUCAUCAAACCGAGGGAACUGCCCGAACAGUUCGACGCGAGGGAAAAGUGAGUGGGCGAGGGACACAGACGGCUGGAUAUUGUAAAGUUGUAACUUCCCACAGUUACGUUUACCUCUCACCUGGCUCAUUUGGAGAAACAGAAUACAAUUGAUCAUUUAUCAAAAAAGCAGAGAUCGCUAUGUUUCAUUUCUGAAAAUAAAUUGAAAAUAAUCUCUCAACAGUCUAGCCCUGGAAGAGAAAAAGAAUGUUACCAAGAAUUGAGUAAAUGUUUGCCCGUUUCAGAUGGGGUCCUCUGAUCCAUCCGAUCGCGGACCAAGGCGAUUGCGGAAGCAGUUGGGCGGUCUCGACGACUGGCAUAUCUUCCGAUCGGUAACAUCCCCGAACUUCCCUGAAUCCCACAUCCCGUUGCCUCUUUCAGUCUCGCCAUUAUCAGCGAAGGUCGCAUCAACGCGACGCUCUCCUCGCAGCAACUUCUUUCGUGUAACCAACACAGACAACGCGGGUGCGAAGGGGGAUAUCUGGAUAGAGCGUGGUGGUAUAUCAGAAAAUUGGGGUGAGUUGGCGAGGAAUGAAGAUGAACAGUCUUGUUUGUUCGGUUCAGAGUCGUCGGAGAUCACUGCUAUCCGUACGUGUCGGGACAGAGCCGAGAGCCCGGACACUGCCUGAUUCCGAAGAGAGACUACACGUGAGUCGCUCCCACAGAAUCUUCCCCACCGUAACCCCGAUUACAGUAACCGUCAGGGUCUGCGUUGUCCGAGUGGCUCCGCGGACAGCACCGCGUUCAAAAUGACGCCGCCGUACAAAGUGUCGAGCCGCGAGGAGGAUAUUCAGACGGAGCUGAUGACGAACGGCCCCGUGCAGGCCACGUUCGUCGUCCACGAGGACUUCUUCAUGUACGCCGGUGGAGUCUACCAGCAUUCGGAUCUCGCCGCCCAAAAGGGAGGCGCUUCCGUCGCCGAGGGCUACCACAGUGUGCGAGUAUUGGGGUAGACCGUCGAGAGCAUUUGCACAUUGUUUGUUCGGUUUUCAGAUGGGGAACCGAUCACUCGACCGGACGUCCGAUCAAGUAUUGGCUUUGUGCCAACUCGUGGGGAACUCAGUGGGGCGAUGAGGGACAUUUCAAGAUUCUGAGAGGAGAGAAUCAUUGCGAAAUCGAGAGCUUUGUGAUCGGUAAGCCCUUCAGAGGAAAAAGGGGCGUGGCCUGCAACUUAAGCAUUUGGUCUUUAAAAAAAAUAUCUCUAAAUUCUCGUGAAAAAACAUUUUUCGCAGGUUUCGCAAAGGGCUGAACAUUUUGCAGACAAACGAAGCAUUUUGAGCAGUUGAACAGCAAAAAUGACUCAAAUCGAAGCAUUUUCAGCACGAAACUCAAACUCGAUUCAACUUCUCCAUUUCUGACUAAAAUCCGCACAUUUUGAGCGCAAAACGUGCAGAAUUUGAAUCAUUAGAGACGAGAAACGUGAAUAUUUUGAAUUUCGCGGCUGGGCCACGUCCCUUUCCGCACUUUUGGCCGCAAUUAACAAACCUUAAAUUCUCAGGUGCCUGGGGCAAGGGAUCGAAGCGACGACGGCGAUUCAAGAUGCGAAAGCUCCGCCGAUUCAGGAAAAUGUUCAAGUAG